AUUUCCCGCUGAGCAGGCGCCCAUGGCGGGCUGAGUCCUGCCCAAGCCCUGGUGGCCUGGAAGCCUGCAUGGGCGCCGUGCAAAGAUCAACGUUUUCCAGAGGAGCUUUUGGGCUCAUCACUGGCCUGGGGAGGGCUUGACACGGGGUUCCCACAGCUUGCCCCACACCACCUUCACACCCACACACAGCAGGUCCCCGCGGGGCCGGUGCAGGCCGUGGCCGCCCGCGCUGCGCUGUUGCUCUGUCCCAGCUGGCUAGCUCCGAGUGUGGAGCACUCUGGGCCGGGGCCGCUGGGGCGCGCACAGUGGGGUGACAGGCGGCCUGGCUGCAGAAACGUUGCACCCGUGCCUGAGGUGGGAGGAUGUGAUGACGCGGCCCACGCAGCGGGAACCCAGGCCUUUAAAAAGCCCAGGAAACAGCCUCAGCUCAAGCGGUGGCUCCACUGGAGGAAAACACACCCCGGUCUCACAUUAAAGAAGCCAAACUGUCGGCUUCAAAGAGAAAAGGCAACAUCCUGUCACAGGCCAUGCUCUGGCAAAAACGUUGGUGUGAAAGGUACCAACUGCAAGUUUCAACUUGCAAAAACACUUGGCCGUUGGGCUCCUUUGGAAUCGUCUUGAAGCUUCAGAUUCUGAUAUUUCAUGAGCACUUUGCAAAGUCACUAUGAGAAGCACCCUCCUUCUUACCUGCUCAGCUGGAGUCAGUUACAGAAUUCCUUGGCAGCUGGCUGUGGACACGUGCCGGGCAGUCAGGAGACCCUUGGGAGCUGUGGGAGUCCUGCAACGUCAAUAGGAAGAGCCACAGCUCCGGAGCAAGCCCCAGCCCCGGCCCGGCCAUACCAGGGCGUCCGUGUGAAGGAGCCAGUGAAGGAACUGCUGAGGAGGAAGCGAGGCCACGCCAGCAGUGGGGCAGCACCUGCACCUACGGCGGUGGUGCUGCCCCAUCAGCCCCUGGCGACCUACACCACAGUGGGUCCUUCCUGCCUGGACAUGGAAGGUUCUGUGUCUGCAGUGACAGAGGAGGGUGCCCUGUGUGCCGGCUGGCUCUCCCAGCCCACCCCGGCCACCCUGCAGCCCCUGGCCCCAUGGACACCUUACACCGAGUAUGUGCCCCAUGAAGCUGUCAGCUGCCCCUACUCAGCUGACAUGUAUGUGCAGCCCGUGUGCCCCAGCUACACGGUGGUGGGGCCCUCCUCAGUGUUGACCUAUGCCUCUCCGCCACUCAUCACCAAUGUCACGACAAGAAGCUCCGCCACGCCCGCAGUGGGGCCCCCGCUGGAGGGCCCAGAGCACCAGGCACCCCUCACCUAUUUCCCGUGGCCUCAGCCCCUUUCCACACUACCCACCUCCACCCUGCAGUACCAGCCUCCGGCCCCAGCCCUACCUGGGCCCCAGUUUGUCCAGCUCCCCAUCUCUAUCCCAGAGCCAGUCCUCCAGGACAUGGAAGACCCCAGAAGAGCCGCCAGCUCGUUGACCAUCGACAAGCUGCUUUUGGAGGAAGAGGAUAGCGACGCCUAUGCGCUUAACCACACUCUCUCUGUGGAAGGCUUUUAGGCGUGGCUCCCACCUGAGUCCUGUUCCCUGAAACUGGGAUUUUAAAAUGAGCCUGGAAUUGAGCCCCAGGUUCAUGCUUGUUUGGAGUAGUCAUUUCAUGACUACACUUUCUAUGCACAGCUAGAAUUGUAGACCUGUAAACCUUCCUUCCCUUCUUCCUUCCCCUCCCUCCCUCACUUCCUCCCUCUCCCCCAUCCUUCCAUUCUUCCCCUCCCUCCCUUCUUCCUUUCCCACCCCUUCCUUCCUUUUCCUCCCUCCCUUCCUUCCCUCCUUCCCUUCUCCCUUUCCAACCCCUUCCUUCCUUUUCCUCCCUCCCUUCCUUCCCUCCUUCCCUUCUCCCUUUCCUUCUUUACCUCCCUCCCUCCCUCGCUUCUUCUCUCUUUCUUACUUCUUUUUUCAAUUCUGUUCCAUUUUGGGAGGUAAUUAUAGGGAUUUUAGCAAUAACAUUUUAUGUCAAAUGUUGCCAAGUCUGUGGUCCAUGGGCUUUCAUUUCUGUCACAUUUCAUUUCUUGGAAAAGGCCUCCUUCCUCCAGUGCCUGCUGAACCGUCUUAGGGUCACUCACACCCUCUGUAAUUUUAAGACGUAUGUGGUGGCUGGCGGGAAGACCAGCCCUGACAGCACCUCCUGAGAAAGUCAGCCAAGGGCCUACCCUGAUGCCAGAGUCCUUGAGCUGUCAGUUCCCACAGUUGCUCCUUUGUUUGCUCUUCUCAGCCUCGGCCAGAUUUACAGUCCAGGCAGCAAAAUCUCAAGGCCUGGGGCUCAGAGUAGUAAGGGGUGGGAAGUGGGUGGCAGGGAGAAAAGAACAUCAGGGUGGGUGGGGACAGGCCAGUGACGAAGAGAGGGACAGAGGAGGGAUGGGAACAGGCUGUGCAUCUUAGUUGGAGAGAGAGGUGUGGGAGGAAGCUUGAGUUUGAUGCAGGGAGGAGGAAGGCUGAGGAAUGACUUGGCUCCAGAUUACUUGGUUAUUAAGAAGAACAAUAAACUAAAGGAAAGCAUUGCUUGAAGAGAUGGUUUUGCUGCUCUCCUUGAGGAUACGUGCAAGGGAAGUUGGGCUGUUGUAAACAGGGUGAAGGGUGUGUUUGGCCGGCCAUUUCUGUCUCACCUCUAGGCCCUCUGCUGGUGCUGUGGAGGCCAAGACCCCAUUAAGCCUAAAGGUGAUGGGUCCUCGCCUAGGCUUAGUGCUACCAUGUGGGUUUUGUUUCUUUCCUUCCUUCCUUCCUUCCUUCCUUCCUUCCUUCCUUCCUUCCUUCCUUCCUCUCUCUUUCUUUCUUUUUUUUGGUUUUUUUUUGGGACGGAGUCUCACUCCAUUGCCCAGGCUGGAGUACAAUGGUGCGAUCUUGGCUCACUGCACCUCUGUCUCCCAAGUUCAAGUGAUUCUCCUGCCUCAGCCUCCCGAGUAGCUGGGAUUACAGGUUCAUGCCACCAUGCCCGGCUAAUUUUUGUAUUUUUAGUAGAGACGGGGUUUCACCAUGUUGGCCAGGCUGGUCUCGAACUCCUGACCUUAUGAUCCGCCCGCCUCAGCCUCUCAGAGUGCUGGGAUUACAGGCGUGAGCCACCGCACCCAGCCUUUUACCAUGUGGGUUUCUUUAGUGUCUUAAAAGCAUCCAUAAGCCACCAUUCUGUGGAGCCAAGGCCCCCUCCACUCAAACACCCUCCCUCCUGGGGACUUCUGGAGCCUCAGCCAGAAGUACCAUUAGGUUUAAUUUUAAUUUGUUUUGCUGGAGAAACAUCAGGUUUGUAGGAGACUGAGUUGUUAGCAGGUGUGCUUAGCUCUUGAUAGUGAACGUGUACCUUGGGAACUGGCUCACCCACCUGCUAAUAGCACCAUCGUCACUAUUAAGCAGACAUUUCAGUUGGUAGAAUCCAUGUAGAAGUCAUGGACUUUUCUGGGAAAUGACUUUUCUGGGAAAUGACAGUUUCUUUGACAUAUUUUCUUUGCCCACUUUAAAUAAAAACUCUGGAGAAA